AUGGCACGACACGGCCGGCUUUUCACUUUACUUGCCCUUGCAGUAGGCUUGUACCCUCAAGUUUAUGCUCAACCUAUUGGAUCCUUGCCGCCAGACGUUAGGGGUGAACUCCGAGGCCCAUCUGAGCUGUUAGGUGCUCUUAAUAUAAACGAUCUUGGACGUCUAGACGAGCGCGCACUUGGCGCAAGACGGGAAAACCGUCCGCCUAAGAUACUACCGCCACCCCAGAUUGUGUAUCGUGGUGACAAGAGAUCACCCGAGGAGAUCAAAGCUAAUGGCGGUUUCUUGCCAAGCUCUGAAAUUAAGCCAACCAAUGAGAAUAACGGAUUUGGUCUUUAUAGGCACCACUUAGGAGGCCACGGCCUCGUAAAUGGUAAAAGAGUUACCGCGUAUGUAUCUACAACUAGACUCUUCGGGACGGCACUUGGAUAUGCAAAUAUGGCUAGCGAAGAGGGUGGUUGGAUAUACGAAAUCCAAGCCUUACCUCACAUGAUUGACUCUGAUGGGACUCUGUUGCAGGGACGCAAAUGGACUAAGGAAUAUGAAUUUUCGGCCUUGGGGGGUAUAUCCUGGGCUCAAGUCAAGUCAGCAGCCCAGGUGCCUGGCUUUAAGACCCCCCAAGACUACGGUGUUCUAUCUUGGUCCGGCGUCGAUCCGGAAGGCUUCAAGAAGUCAAUGCCCGAAAAGCAAUGGUUUAAUAACACAGACUACAACUCGACCUUCGAUCAGUUCAAAGCAAGCCCGGGGCAGCCACAGCUCGCAGGGUGGUUCGACGACCGCGAGAAGUACAAGUCCCAAGAACCCUGGAGCCUCAACCAGACCAAGCCCAUCGAGGAUUAUUUCAUGGAUUUCAUGAACCAGGUUGGAGGGCAUGUGGGUUGGAGGGGUACCUAUCCUUUGGUGCUCAAAACUGAUGACGAAUACGCCGACAAUUUUAUCAAAUGGAUCCUUGAUGGGUACUAA